AUGUCUAUGAUGUUGUGCCAGCCCGGGCAGAAGUGUGUGAUGGAGGUGGUGGUGCUGACCAUCCUGUCCUGGGUGUCCGUGUGGGCAGAGGAGAAGAUCAUAUUUGACAGACAUGCUGUCUACUGGAACAGCUCCAAUCCCAAGUUCUGGCACGGAGAGUACAGGGUGGCAGUGAACAUUAAUGACUAUCUGGACAUCUACUGUCCUUACUACGAGGGUCCUCCAUCCCACGGGCGCAUGGAGCGCUACAUCCUGUUCAUGGUCAACCACGAGGGCUACACUUCCUGCCAGCACAGGAUGCGUGGCUUCAAGCGCUGGGAGUGCAACCGUCCCAGCGGUCCUGAUGGACCCCUGCGCUUCUCAGAGAAGUUCCAGCUCUUCACCCCCUUCUCCCUGGGCUUUGAGUUCAGGCCUGGACAUGAGUACUACUACAUCUCGUCUCCUCACCCAAACCAUGUGGGGCGAGCAUGUCUAAAGCUGAAGGUGUAUGUCAGACCUCCAGAUGGGUCGGGAUACGAUUCUCCGGAGCCCUUCCUGACUGAUGGAGGUCCAAGGUGGAGGCCAGGGUCCGUGGCCCUGUUAACUGCUCUGGCCUCACUGCUCCUGGGACUCUUCUCCUGGCUGUGACCCCUCUCCUUCUUUUCCUGGAGCUCCCACCCAGGGUCGCUGGGCUGGGCUGGCUGUCCCUCUAAAUCCACCACCCCUCAGGGAAGCCCUCUGUCUCCGUCCUCCCCUCUCCCACCUCCACCUCUAUACGACCACCAACCACCCCCACUGCCAGCUCCUUCCAUGGCCCAGCCACAGACACCCUUCCCAGGCUUGGC